AUGAACACAAUUUUCGUUAUCGGCCAGAUCAUUGGCAUCGCCUCCAUCUCCGUCGCCCUCCUCUUCGCCCUCGCCAAGCUGGUUUCCCGCCGCAGCCAUGAUCAGGACGGUUACGGCUCUGCGGUGCUGAUAACGGGCUGCGACAGUGGCUUCGGGCACCAGCUGGCACGCGUUUUGGACGACAAAGGGUUUGUGGUGUUCGCAGGGUGCCUGGCUCCAGAAGGACCGGGCGCCCAGAGUCUGGCUGAAAAAAGCUCCAGUAAUCUGAAAGUCCUCAAACUGGACGUCACCAGCAAUGAAGAGGUGCAGCAAGCGAAGAAGACGGUCCUGCAGAACCUGCCAGACAAAGGCCUGUGGGCGGUCGUGAGCAACGCUGGAAUCACGGACUGGGCAGAGAUUGAAUGGAGCUCCAUCGAAGAUUUCCAACGAAUGAUCGACAUCAAUCUGUUCGGCUCAAUCCGGGUCUCUUCUGCGUUCCUACCUUUGGUUCGUGCUGCUAAAGGUCGGAUGGUCUUCAUGUCCAGCAUUUUUGCUUUCUUUAACUGCCUGAACAUGGGGGCUUACAGCGUGUCCAAGAGAGGCCUGGAGGCGUUUGCAGACUGUCUGCGGGUAGAAAUGGCCAGUUUUGGAGUGAAGGUCAGCAUCAUCCAGCCGGGUAACUUCGGCCAGGCCACCAACAUCCGGAAGAUGAAAACCGGUUUGGAUAUUUGGGAGAAAUUAGACGGGGAACGUAAGCAGAUCUUCAACCUGCAGUACAUGGAGCUGGCCAACGAGUACUUCAUAUCCACGUGCAAGGGGGGGUUUAAAGACGCCAAGAUGGUGAUCGACGCCAUGCUGCACGCCGUCACGUCCUCACGGCCAAAGUACAGAUACCUGCUGGUCUCCACGGUGGACAUGCUCUUCUUCCAGCUCUUCCCCUUCCUCCCCACCGCCCUCACCGACGCCGUGUUCUCGCUCAGCCCCAUGUACGACAAGAGAAAAGCAUUGCUCUACACUAAAUAAGAAGAAUCUCUCUUCAUUUUGUACAUUAUGUUAUCUGUGAUCUUGUGUUCAUUCACAGCUGAGCCUUUUGUGUACUGUAUCCAUUAUCAUUUUCUGUCAGCUGGUUGUAUUUUCUCAUCCCCCUAGUGUAAUAUAGUAUAUAAUCGCCAUCAUCAUGUGUGUGACUUUGGUAUCUCAUUUAAAACAAAAACAGUGUCUGUGUUUCACCUCAGUUGAUCUUUAAGAAGCCAGAAGGGCCAAAAAGGUAAUUUAAGUUCAAGAUAAACCAUUUAGAGCUAGAGUUUGUGACUUUCAGGUCUACCAGUACAUAAUAAGCCAUCGGGAUGGUUAUUUAUACAAAGACACUUGUAAAGACUUUGCAUGUAUUUAUAUAUUUCCAGUAAACUGAAGACUUUUGUAUUUAACGAUCUAUAGGAAGAGAUUACAAUGUUAGAAAAGAGAAAGAAGUUGAAAUGUUGAGACACUUGGGAAUAAAGUACGGAGUCAAACAUGUUUAGAAUGAUUAUGAAUUGAGUGAAUAACCAAGGACUGAGUCUAAUGUGUUGACAUCACACAAUGCUUUCCUUUCUUUUCUGGGUAAAUCAAAAAGAGCUGCCUCACCCUGUGCUGUGAAAUCAGGAUUUAUUUAUUUUCAGAGAAACUGACUCAUCUCAGUGACGGAAGUGGAACCAUCAGAGCAGAAGAUACAUUAGUCUUAGUGGGACAGUAACAAAUAAUCAUGAAGAUGAGGGGAAGUGUGUGGUGAGGGAAAGUUUGAUGAUUGUUCUGGUCAAUAUAACUUUCUAGAAACUGCCCGAUUAAAUCUUCUGCAAAUGAAAACAAAACUAAUUCGAAGAAGAAAUUGCUUUCAUAACAUUACCGAAUAAAUGUUAUAACUUUCAUCCUCUGCUGCUGUCACACGUUACACAAUCCUGUUGCUUUU